AGCUCAUCAAGCUGCAAUAGCCAAUCCUUGACAUUGCGAAGAUGGACGCUGUUAUGGUGUAGACCAGGAUACAUAGAAAGCAAAAACGGCGAGUUUCAGAGGUCUGUUAUGACAACAUUUCCAGUUCGUACAGGUGGAGGCAGGAGGUGUGAGUAGAGUGCAGCAGACAUCGGCAGCAUGUAUUCUGAGUGGCGCUCGCUGCAGCUGGUGGUGCAGAGUGACCAGAGCCACCUCAGCGUUCUGCACUCCUACCCCACGAGCGUGGGCACGGAGGUGGCCAAUGCUGUGGUCAGGCCUCUGGGCACGGCGGUGAGCCCCGUCGCCACGGAGAACAUCCUCAAGACGGACAAGGAGGUGAAAUGGACCAUGGAGGUGCUGUGCUAUGGCCUCACCCUGCCCCUGGAGGGGGACACCGUCAAGCUGUGUGUGGAUGUGUACACAGACUGGAUGAUGGCCCUGGUGUCGCCCAGGGACUCCAUGCCUCAGCCCGUGGUCAAGGAGCCCAAUAUGUACGUCCAGACCAUCCUCAAGCAUCUCUACAACGUCUUUGUGCCGAGGCCGGAACAACACAGUCUAAACCACAUCAGGCUUUGCCAGCAGGUUCUGACGGCGGUCCAGAAACUGGCCCGAGAGUCCGUUUCCAUGGUGAGGGAAACCUGGGAGGUGCUGUUGCUCUUCCUGCUUCGCAUCAACGACACAUUACUGGCCCCGCCCACGGUAGGAGUCGGGGUGGCUGAGAAACUGGCGGAGAAAUUGAUGGCCGUGCUGUUCGAGGUGUGGCUGCUGGCAUGCGCCCGCUGCUUUCCCACGCCGCCUUACUGGAAGACGUCAAGGGAGAUGCUGGCCAACUGGAGACACCACCCUCCUGUCGUGGAGCAGUGGAGCAGAGUGGCCUGUGCCCUGACCUCCAGGCUCCUGCGCUUUACCCACGGACCGUCCUUCCCGCCUUUUAAAGUCCCCGAUGAAGACGCCAGCCUGAUCCCUUUAGAGAUGGAUUACGACUGUGUGGCACAGACGUGGUACCGCUUUCUCCACAUGCUCAGCAACCCGGUGGACCUGAGCAACCCUACGAUAGUGAGCACCACUCCCAAAUUCCAGGAACAGUUUCUCAACUCCAGCGGCUUGCCUCAUGAAGUGGUGCUGCAUCCCUGUUUGAAACAGCUGCCCCAGAUUUUCUUCAGGGCCAUGAGGGGCAUCAGCUGCUUAGUGGACGCCUUCUUAGGUGUCUCUGUUGAAAAGAGAGAUGUACGGGAGAGGGUGUUCACUUUUUGUCCAGUGCUGCUCUCUCAUGGUAUAUCCCGUCCCAGAGCGGACAGCGCUCCGCCCACCCCAGUCAACAGGAUGAGCAUGUCUCCGCCCCCCUCCAUCACCAACACCACGCCCCCUCACAGCCGCAAGCAGCGGCACGCGGUGGUCAACAAAACUACCAGCAAGAGCUCCAUCGGCGGUGGUAGUCAGCCAACCAAAGCAUCCCAGCAGCAGCAGCAGCAGCAGCAGCAGACUUCAUCCUCCCCGACCCUGCUGUCGAGUCCCAAUCAGAGCAGUUGGGAGACUCGGCCCUUGCCGGCCCCGGCGCGGCCGAAGGUCAACAGCAUCCUCAAUCUGUUCGGCCAGUGGCUGUUCGACGCCGCGCUGGUCCACUGUAAGCUCCACAGCGGCCUCAGCCGAGACCCCAGCAUGACCGCCUCUUUUAUCCAAAUUCUCCUUUCUUAUAAAUCUUCGAUAGCCACUCAAGUGGGUCUGGAGCUGAGACGGAAGGGUUCCCAAAUGUCCACCGACUCCAUGGUGUCCAACCCCAUGUUCGACGCCAACGAGUUCCCGGAGAGCUACGAGGCGGGACGAGCCGAGGCCUGCGGGACUCUCUGCCGCAUCUUCUGUAGCAAGAAAACCGGAGAGGAUAUUCUGCCCGUUUACCUGUCCAGGUUCUACAUGGUCCUGAUUCAGGGUCUCCAGAUCUCUGACUUUAUCUGUAGACCAGUUCUGGCUUCGAUCAUUCUCAACUCUUCCUCUCUCUUCUGCACCGACCUGAAGGGCAUCAAUGUGGUGGUGCCCUACUUCAUAGCUGCGCUGGAGACUAUUGUACCAGACAGGGAGCUGUCCAAAUUCAAGAUGUAUGUAAAUCCCACCGACCUGAGGCGAGCCUCCAUCAACAUCCUGCUCUCCAUGCUGCCAUUGCCGCACCAUUUUGGCAACAUCAAAUCAGAGGUUCUGUUGGAAGGGAAGUUCAAUGAGGAGGAUGGGUGGCCUCGUGACCAGCCCGUGUCUUUCCUGUCCCUGAGGCUACGUCUCGUCAACGUCCUCAUCGGAGCACUUCAGACGGAGACCGACCCCACCAACACGCAGCUCAUUCUGGGUGCAAUGCUAAAUAUUGUUCAAGACUCUGCGCUGUUGGAGUCCAUAGGUGCACAGACCGAAACGGGGAGCAUAGACGGGAGCACCGUGAGGAGUCAGAGUCACAGCCGCACCAACAGCGGCAUUAGUUUCACCAGCGGGGGCAGCACGGAGGCCACCAGCCCGGACUCCGAGCGCCCCGUCCAGGCCCUGCUCCGAGACUACGCUCUUCCAGAUACGGCGGCAGGCCUGCUGGUGCGCAGCAUCCACCUGGUCACCCAGAGACUCAACUCCCAGUGGAGGCAAGACAUGAGCAUUUCACUGGCCGCCCUGGAGCUGCUGGCCGGGCUUGCCAAGGUAAAGGUAAAGGCGGUAGUGGACUCUGCGGACCGUAAACGUGCCGUCAGCUCUAUAUGCGGGUACAUUGUGUUCCAGUGUAGCCGUCCAGCUCCCCUUCAGUCCCGAGACCUCCACUCCAUGAUUGUAGCUGCCUUCCAGUUUCUGUGCGUGUGGCUCACUGAGCACCCUGACAUGCUGGAUGAGAAGGAUUGUUUGGUAGAGGUGUUGGAGAUCGUGGAGCUGGGAAUCUCGGGCAGCAAGUCCCGACAGGAGCUGGAGGUGCGACACAAAGGGGAGAAGGAGCACAACCCGGCUUCAAUGAGGGUGAAGGACGCUGCCGAGGCGACUUUGUCCUGUAUCAUGCAGGUGUUGGGGGCCUUCCCUUCCCCGAGCGGACCGGCCUCCACCUGCAGCCUGCUGAACGAAGACACCCUGAUUCGCUACGCCCGACUCAGCGCCACAGGAGCCAGCAACUUCCGCUACUUCGUCCUGGACAACUCGGUCAUCCUCGCCAUGCUGGAGCAACCUCUCGGCAACGAGCAGAACCCCAGUCCAUCAGUGACGAUCCUGAUCCGAGGGACGGCGGGCAGACACGCCUGGACCAUGCAGCUCUUCCACCAACCCAGAGGAGCUCGGGCCAAUCAGAGGCAGGUGUUUAUUCCAGAGGGCCGCCCCACACCCAACAAUGGCGUGGGCAUCAAGUACAACGUCAAGCAGAGGCCCUUCCCCGAAGAGGUGGACAAGAUACCUCUUGUCAAAGCUGAUGUCAGCAUUCCUGACUUGGAUGACAUCGUCAGUAAAGAGGUGGGUUGUAUGGGCUGGCAGGAUGAUUCCAGAGCUACAAGUACACUGAUGAGUUAUUUCCCACACCUGGAAGUUCAGCAUGACAGGCUUCGUAUUCUGAUGACAAAGCAGAUAGAGUAUGAGGGCACCUUGGAGCGGCACAGCGAGGAAAUCUGGAAGACCAAGCCUUACCCCGACCCACAGACAGACUGCAAACCCCCUCCCCCCUCGCAGGAGUUCCAGACAGCGCGCCUCUUCCUCUCCCACUUCGGCUUUCUGUCUCUGGAGGCGCUCAAGGAGCCCAACAACAGUCGUCUACCUCCUCAUCUGAUUGGCCUGGAGUCAUCGUUGCCGGGGUUUUUUGAUGACAUCAGCUACCUGGAUCUGCUUCCCUGCCGACCGUUCGACACCGUCUUCAUUUUUUAUGUGCGGGCUGGACAGAAAAGCAGCUCCGAGAUCCUGAGGAACGUGGAGUCAUCGUCCAGCGUCCAGCCCCACUUUUUGGAGUUCCUGCUGUCCUUGGGCUGGCCUGUGGACGUGGGACGCCACCCAGGGUGGACGGGUCACCUGGACACCAGCUGGUCCCUCAACUCCUGCUCCGACAGCAACGAAAUACAGCAAACGGAGGACGCAGCUACUCCCGAGGACACGGGAGGCUCAAUGUUCAACGGGGAGAAGAAGGUUUUGUACUACGCCGACGCUCUGACGGAGAUCGCCUUCGUGGUUCCGUCUUUAACAGAAAACUCUGAGGAGUCCUCAGUGCACAGUGACUCCACAGUGGAGGCAGACACCAACGCUGACCUCGUGCCUGGUUCACUCAAACAACCCAAUCUCACCCUGGAGCUGUGCCCCAACCACUCUGAAAACCUGGAGUCUGCCAAGAAGCUGAGUCCUUUGGUGAAGACAAAGAGGUCGUCGACUGGCAAAUCUUUCCCACCACUGGGUCCUGAGACGAAGGUGUUUGUGGUCUGGGUGGAGCGCUUUGAUGAUAUCGAGAACUUCCCCUUAUCUGAUCUCUUGGCGGAAACCAGCACGGGCUUGGAAGCCAGCAUGAGCAACAGCACUUCCUGCAGGUCAGGGUUACUAGAGAAGGACGUUCCUCUCAUCUUCAUCCACCCCCUGAAGACGGGGCUCUUCAGGAUCCGGCUGCAUGGGGCCAUGGGUAAAUUUGGCAUGGUGAUUCCCCUGGUGGACGGCAUGGUGGUCAGCCGCAGAGCACUAGGGUUUCUCGUGCGCCAAACGGUCAUCAACGUGUGCCGACGGAAGCGUCUGGAAAGUGACUUGUACAACCCGCCUCACGUGCGGCGGAAGCAGAAAAUAACGGAGAUCGUCCAGCGUUACCGCAACAAGCAGCUGGAGCCUGAGUUCUACACCUCGCUCUUCCACGAGGUGGGGGAGGGGAAGCCUCACCUUUAACCCCCCCGCCCGCACUGUCCUAACACUGGCGCGCACACACACACACACACACACACACUCUUGUCCUAUACUCACACACCAUUUACAACUGUGCGUGCAUGCAUACACACACACACACACACACACACACAGAAUCUUUAUAUUUAUACUGUACUGUUUUGUUAUUUAUAUGAAUACAUAUAUCAACACUGUCUGCCUUUGACUCCGAGAGCAAAGUGUCAAAAACCAUGCCACAGUGGGACGCGCCUCAUUUCUGUGUCGCAGCCACUCGCUGAAGACUCGGACAGCUGAAGCUCAGCAGCGACUGUCUUCUCUUCAUUUAGUGUUCACGCUUCGUGGCAAAAGAGUUCCUGCUUGUCAUUAACUGCAAUACAAGUUACACUGUUGGCCUUUCUGAACUUGUAAAAAGCUUGUCCUUUUUAAACCCUGUGUGUUCAUGACGGUUUGCUAAUACAGAGGUCGUGCCCUUAAUCCAGAUCUGCAUAUCUGUUUUUGUUUUAGUCAGAUUUCGGGGUUGGAUUUUUGCCAAGGAGAUAAAGACGCAAGUGUUAUUAAAAAGAAAAAAUAAAGAAAAGAAAAACUGUUUUGUAGUAUACACAGCUGCUGCUGCCGUGAGGCAAGUGGCUUGAAGAGAACAAGGUGAUGGAGAACAUUAACCACUGAUCUGAUUUUACAGAAAACAAAUUGUCAUCCACUGCUAAAGUCUUCCUCCUCGUGCGAAAACAAACGCAUUCGGCCAUUGCAGCAGCUGACUGAGCACGCCGAUUUUUUGCCGUUUCUAUAUUUUUUAUUUUCCAGAUGAUUUAUAGGACUCCUGCGUUGUAUUACUGUACGCGGGUGUCAUUUUUGACACCUGCGCCGGUCUGAAAGUAGUCCCAUCUCGCAACAGCCACUGCACUGCGUGUGUGUGUGUGGGGCCAUAUGUGUGCUUGUUCAGCCAGUCAAAUCAUUUACACUACAAGGAGUCAUAGUGACUCCUAAAAAAGACGAGCCCAUACACAGCAUUUAGAGAUCUGGGAAUAACCCUAAAACUGGUUUACUCUUAGCUUGGUAACAUUUUAAUUUACUGAUGAGAGCAGUCACAGAGCUCCUGGAGUUUGCACUUGACGUUUGCAGGGCUGAUAUGAAAUGACCGCAAAAGACAUUUUAGGUAUGAAAGAGAAUAUGUAACUUGUCAGAAAUAUUCAGUUUUGGAUAACAGAAAUGUGCAGUUUUGACAUCACACAUUUUUAUUAUUUGUUUUGCUUCACAAUUAGUCUCACUUCUGUUUUCUCACUGUACUUCUGGUUUUGAUUCGAGCCUGUAACAAUGUGAACUUAUUUAUCACAGCGACGAAAGCAGGGCGAACACCUCUAGUUCAUUUGUUCUAUUGGAGAAGUCUUAAUGCACUGAGCACGUUUUGUGUUUGUUUUCUAUUCCCUUUGGUUACCGUACAUGUCUUUUUGUACUUUGGUGCAUUUUUGAAAGCAACCCCCUGCUGAAGGAAGAGUUUUAUCUUGCGAUCUAUGAAUGAAGAAGAGGCGCCUGCAGUUUUGUUUUUUUAACCCAUCAUGUCUAAUAGUGCGACUCACUUUUUAUGACAGUGCUUUGUGCACGUGCCUUUUUUUUUUUUUUUUUUUUUUUUUGGGAAUAUGCUUCAAAAACUACAUACAAUCAGUCAUACAUUGUAUCCUAUGUUACUCCUCUGAUGUUUGAUCAUAUUUAAAGAUUUGCCAUGUACAGAAGCGGAGGAUGGUAUGUAAAUAUAUGCUAGUGUAAGGCAUUUACAAGUUGUCUGUUGCAUUCCUCAUCCGUGAGACGGCGAGAGAAGUUGUGUAUGUAUGCAAUUACGUGUGGGAGCAUCACAAUGGGUAUUGAAUGUAACAUGCAUCAAUUAAAACUAUUGACAUUUUAA